AUGAUUAAUUUUAGUUAUGAUGCAGAUGGCUAUGAUCCAAUGGACCCAAUGGGUAAUAUCACUAUCAGAUGGGAUGUGACUACUAGCACUGAGAAUAAUCAUCACAUUAGAGUUUCAAUCUUCAACUAUCAACUUUUCCGCCACAUAGAGCAACCAGGUUGGAAGUUGAGCUGGGAUUGGCAUGGUAAGGAAGUAAUAUGGCAAAUGUGGGGUGCUGAAACUACAGAACAAGGUGAUUGUUCUGCAAUCAAAGGAGACACCCUGCCACAUUGUUGUCUGAAAGAGCCUGUGAUUCUUGAUCUCCUUCCUGGAGCUCCGUAUAAUAAGCAGGUCGCAAAUUGCUGCAAGGGAGGAGUGUUGACAUCCUUGACUCAGGACCCUGAAAAAUAUGUCUCUUCUUUUGAGAUGAGCAUUGCAAGUGCAUCAAAUGAUGGAUCCGGGCCUCGUAUGCCUGAAAACUUCACACUUGGGAUUCCUGGAUAUACGUGUGGUGUUGCCGUGAAAGUCCCUCCAACCAAGUUCCAUGAGGAUCAAGGACGGCGACAGACUCAAGCAGUUGCUACGUGGGACGUGAUUUGUUCUUACUCCCAGUUUAGAGCAUCAUCUUCUCCAGCAUGUUGUGUUUCCUUGUCUGCUUUUUACAGCGAAACAACUGUGCCCUGCUCCGUAUGCAGUUGUGGUUGUCAGGGACAGCGCGGUGCAGCUCAAUGUGUGAAGCGCGGUGAGGUGCCACCAGUUUUACAACUAGGCCAUAACGAACUGCCAACGCCAAUACUAGAGUGUACACGUCACAUGUGCCCAAUUCAGGUGCAUUGGCAUGUAAAGCAGAGUUAUAGAGAAUAUUGGAGGGUGAAGAUGACUAUUAGAAACUUAAACCUAGUUAGAAACUACAGCCAGUGGAACUUGGUGGUCCUGCACCCAAAUUUGAGAAGCAUAACGCAGGUUUUCAGCUUCGACUACAAGCCCCUUGAUCAGUAUGGUGAUAUAAACGACACAGGGAUGUUUUAUGGGAUUAAGUAUUACAAUGACAUGUUGCUACAAGCAGGAAGGAGUGGGGUUGUGCAAAGACUCUACAAGCUAUGGCAGACGAAGACCAAAGCAAGAAGGGAGAAGAAGAUCAAAGGAAGAAGAAAACAAACAAUUCCAAAUCUUAUCAAGUGAGGAAAGAAUGCAUAAAGAGGAAAUCAAUGGAGCUUGCAACUCUCUGCGAUAUCAAGGUUUGUACGGUUAUUACUGGUCCUAAUGGGGAAUUGCAAACUUGGCCUGACAAUUUGAAAGCCUGUAAGGAAAUUCUUGAUAUCU